AAAUACCUUUGCAACUCCAUUAACAUUGUUUACAUUCCCAUGUUAUGGGAACCGAACCAAAAACUGUAAUCUGUUGUAUAUUUUCGGUAACGCUUUUAUAAAUUGUUUAUUAGUCUUUUUAUUGGCUUGGCCCACCAUCUUGGUCUGGAUAGAGCAUGUACGAGUGCAGUCGCUGCGGUAAUCGAAGGAGCAGACUUAGUCCUCGCGCCUGCGAAAAAUUCGAAAGCGCCUGGGAGGAUUGCAUAGAUGGUGCCUCCAGUUGGUGCAACUUGUGCGGCGAACUGACCUUCUUUAUGAAGUGCUCCGCCGCCAGAGAUUCGGCUCAGCAACUUACCAGCAACAGCUUGGACUCGAUCGAUUCGGUUCCCUUUACUAUAUCAACGGGUUUGCUCAGAGGGGCCCUCAAUUCGCGCACUGAUAUCCAGAAUCAGCAGGCCGCCAGUCUGGCUAACCAUCUGAGUAACUGGGCCGUCGAGGCCGUGGAUCCUCCGAAGAACGGUGGAUCCUUCGGUGUACUGCGCAACAGACAUGGCUACUUGGUUCGGAAUCGAAACAGCCAAGAUGAGGCUGUCACACCACCAGUGACUCCACUUAAUGUUACUUCAGCUGCGAGUACUCCAUCCCAGAGCGAAGAAGGGUCUCCAAGUAAGUCAAGUACUGAGGGACGGUCAAAAAAAGCUGCAGGAUAUGAAAAGAUCAAGGGCAUCGAACUCUUAAGAUCCACGCCUCCCAGGCAUCUGAAUCCAGAAUUACCCCUUGAGUCGGAUCGGCGUCUUACCCCUAUUAAUCCUUAUACAAGAUCGUACAAGCAGCGCGCUGACCAUAACCAAAAAUCUCAAACCUCUACGAAGCGAGUAAGGAGUAUAGAUGUCAAUUCUGCUGUCCCUGGUUUUUCCCUCAAGGAUGUAAGGAAGCUGCAGCGACGCUUUGCUGCCGAAGAAUCCUCCGAGCCUGGGACCUCCAGACCAAAGAAUACCAGCAAUGUCGAGCUUCAGAAGAAGCUACUCGAGAAACGGCUACAAAUGAGAAAGAUGGUUGCCAUACGAACAAGGCUCGAUGUGGAAUGUAAGACAGCCCAAACGGAAUUGGAUGUCCUGGAGAGAAGUAAUCUUCGCUCGUCCUCAAGACGAAGUAAGCGACAGAGUGGAGGAGCUCACAUGGCAUUGCAACAACUGGUCUCUAGAUUGCAAAUGGAAAAACAAAUUGAAAAAGAAAAGAAGUUGCUCAGAAAAAAUAGUCUGGAGACAGUGAUGAAAGCCCUACGAGAACAAAUUAAACCAAAUAUAAAGAGAAAGGAGUUGGACUCGGAUCAAACGUCCCUGGAAAGCCAUGAGCAAUCGGCUCCACCUCUAGAAACUGAAACCGAAACCGAUACGGAAACCGUGACUGAAAGUGAUUGGGUUUCCAGGCCGGAAACCAUCAUAGAUAGUGGAUCAUCAACCACACCAGCUGAAAGUAUAGUUGUGAAAAAGAAGAGGGUCUAUGUACCCCUUCCCUAUCAGCUGAAAAAUCCCAUUGCAAAACCCGGAAAUGUGGGUUUUUACAUGCCCAGCGCCUAUAAUCCCAAGGAUUGUAUUCAGCGAUCCCAGCCAUUGGGUGAAUCCCGCAGGAUCUGUGUCCUGUUGUCAUCGGCGCAGCGUGCUUUAUUUCGCAGAUUCGUAAACGAUCCCCUGGAUAUAGUGAAGUUGAUCAGGAGUCUGAAUGAAUCAACGGAAGUGACUUUGAAUGCCCCCAGUGCUCAGUUCUCUACGAUAGCGUGCUCGGAAAAGGAACUGAUCCAUCUCAUCGAAAAGAAACCGCAUGUGACCAAGAUUCCAAAGGCCAAGGAACUGGAUGUCUCCCGAUCGCCAAUCCGUUGUCCCGAUUCCGAUUGCCAGCGGCUGUGUUUCGUCUCCGACUUGAAUAACCAUCUGUUGCUGGAUCAUCGAUCCCUGACCAUCGAGCGAAUCAAGGCCAGGGAGACCAAGACCUUCUUUCUGGACACCAACAUGACGAUGUUCGAUAGGCCCAAGUGCCACAUGGUCUAUAUGGUGCGGGAUAAGGUCUUCGAUAGCCAUGCCGAGGAUCUGCGCGAUCUGCUGCCCGUUUUGGUGAUGAGUGGUCGCACCUAUCUGACCAAGACCUUGGCUAUUCCGGGAUCUCAAGCCGCCCGGAUUAUCAGCCGGGCGAAAUCCAGUUCCGAUAUGGAGCUCUUCGUCCUCUGGCUGACUGGAUUUUUGCCGCGGAAUAUGAGACCCAUGGCCACCAUUUCGCUGUGGUCCACUAUGGGUCCCAAGAUGGCCAGUUGCGUCGGAGUUAGUACUGGCUAUAUCUAUGAUAUCCGGGCUCCCAACGAGGUGAGCCAAAUCUGCCGCAGUCGAUGCUCCAUGGUGCUGCCCAUGAAAAUGAUCACCAAGAUGACCAACGACGCACGCAGAUUCCUGGCCGUUCAGGUGCAGAUCUACUGAAGAUCAAUCUACAACGAGAUCUAAAUUUUACCGUUCUGAUCGGAUACAUUUUUAUCAAAUAAAGCAUUUUAA